AACAAGCAUGGAGAUGAAAGGUGAAGAAGAGAAUAGAACGGUGGUGGUGAUGGGACGUGCAGAAAUUGACACAAGAUCUCCUUUCAAAUCUGUAAAAGAAGCUGUUUCGUUGUUCGGAGAAAGAGUCUUGGUUAAGGAAAUUUAUGGCUACAAGCUCAAAGAGAAGCAAGCUGCAGCGAGCAUCGAAAAUGGAGGUUCUGAUCAUAAAACAAGAAUCGGAGCCCUAACCGCGGAGCUCGAAGGAGCAAGGCAAAGCCUGCAAAAAACAAAAGAAGAAAUCACCAAGAUGUCAAAAUGCACACGAACCCUCAAACAAGAGCUUGAAGAGACAAAGAAAGAGCUGAAAUUGAUGAAGGCUAAAGAGUAUUAUAAUCUAAAGCCUCAGCCAGUUGACAACGACGACGAUGGUGACGACAAUUAUCCCAAGAUCGAAGACCUCAAGUUUGUUGAAAAUGCGAACCCUAAAGAGGAAGAAGAAUGUGAUCAGAAAAGGAGAUUUGUGACUUUUGCGAGCCCUCCUGCUUUGGCGCAGGUGAUUGUUGGAGAAGAGGAAAUGGAGAUGAAGAGAUCACCGUUUGAUUGGGGUAAUAAGAAGAUGACGAAGAAGAAGCCAUUAAUGAUGAAGCCUUUAAUUGGAUGGCUUUUCUCUGUAAAAAAAUCAGGUGGUGGUCAUAAUUCAUCCCGAAGAGAAACUUGCUAAUUGAUAAAACUCUUGAGUUACUUGUGACUAGCAAAUCAAAUAAAUUUUGAUGAUCUUUAGCAAGGGUAAUUGUGGGAAUAAGACAAGUUAAUGUUGAAUUUUGAAGCCUUAUUGAUGUUCAAAGAUUGUUUUAGUAUAAUUGUACGACUGGUAAUUAUUUUUUAUUGAAGAGAUACAAAUUUUAUAUUUUGUGUGAGUGUAUAUUAGGAUAAAAUGUAACCUUUUGACCACUGCUGAGAUAUUGUGAAUUUAUGCACGAGUUUCCAAAUAUGAAAUCCUAGAUUCGAAUCAAGAGGGACACGUAUAAAUUCACA